CUUCCGUAGACUCUUGUCAGGACUCAAAAUGGGUGACCAAAUUGAUUGUGCUUUAGAUCUCAUGAGACGCCUCCCUCCUCAAAAUACAGAGGAUAAUCUUUCACAGCUUGUAGAUCUUGUCCCUGGUCUUCAAGAUGAACUGUUAAAUGCUAUUGACCAACCACUUAAGGUUGCAAAAUGCAAAAUCGCGAAUAAAGAUUAUUUAAUGUCUACUUUUAACAGAGAUGGUGAUUCUUUUCGUUCUCCUUGGUCAAACGAGUAUGAUCCUCCAAUAAAUGAUGGAAUAUUCCCUUCUCAAAAAAUUCGCAAAUUGGAGGUAUCCGCCAAUGAAGCUUUUGAUACAUAUCGUGAGAUGUAUUAUGAGGGAGGUACUUCUUCAGUAUAUUUUUGGGACAAUGACCAAGAACAAGAACUAAUUCAAAGUAAACUUCAAUCCGGAUUUUCUGGCGCGGUUUUAUUUAAAAAAGUCGGUGAUGGUAGUCGUAGGAUGAAGGGGGCAUGGGAUUCAAUUCAUGUAUUCAAAGCAAAUGAACGAGGUCGUAAUGCACAUUAUAAAUUAACAUCUACUGUUAUGUUAUACACCAUUACAAGCAAACCUGAACUCGGAAAUAUGAAUUUAUCUGGGAGUAUGACGAGACAGUUCGAAGCCGAUUAUCCAAUUGAUGAUCCUUCAGCUCACAUAGCCAAUAUUGGACGUAUGGUUGAGGACAUUGAACUUAAAAUGCGUAAUUUACUUCAAGAAGUUUAUUUCGGCAAGACGAAAGAUAUUGUAAAUGAUUUACGAUCGAUCAAAUCGCUUGUCGAAUCUCAAAAACAGGCAGAUAUUCAAAAAGAAUUGUUGGGAAAGUUAAUGGAACGAAAAUCAUAAUAAUGAAAAUUUUUGUAACAAAAACUUUUUUAUAAUAUUUCAACCCCUUUUCCCCUUUGCAGUAAUCUUAAACUUGUAAAUCUAUUAUUUAAUAAAUUUAUUUAGGAAUCUUUGAAAAAAAUUUAAUUUAAAGUCUCACAAACUUGGGCUAAUACCUUGAUAGAUAAAGAAUGCAAUUGUUAUCUUAAAUUGGUAAGUAAUUAAAGUAAUUGAAUAAUUUUUGUGGCUAUGUUGCUAAGCAAUAAUCAUAUAAGGGGUAUUUUAAUUAUUAUCUUUAUAGAGUUUGUGGAUAAUAUUUAAUUUUUUUGUCUACAAAUAAUUGGCUCUUUUUUCGAAAUUUUCACACGAAAAUCAUAUAUGUCUUUGGUAAUAAU